AAAAUCCCUCCAUCUCCAUCUAGCGAUGAGCCCUUCCGUCCGUACCUAUUUGAAAAGCCGCUUGAUAGCAGUCCCGUUUCCGCCAGUUCCUUUUCCCUUUUUGGUUGAGGGGAAAGAUCGAAGACAAGACCUUCCAGGCAUUUCCUUCAAUCUUCUCCACCAGCGAGUGCUAGUUUCCCUACCAGUUGCCAGCUAUCUAGUUGAAGUCUUCUUUCUGCCUUUUUCAGGUAGGAGUCAAGCAAGGCAGUUUUCUAGCCAGCUAGGACUAGAGCAAAGCAAGGUCAGCCUGAGGUCAAUCCAGAAAGCCGCUUCUCCAAUUGAGUCUAUUUUUUCAGAAAAAGAAAGUGCUUUUGGAAUCACUCAACCUUUCGAUCAAGACAGGAGGGCAUUGCUUCCUUUCACCGAGUGUGGGCUCGAUCCCAUCUCUGGUAUCCCUUCCUCUAGUUAGUGACUUGGCUCCCCAGACUUCUUCCUUCUAGGCGAGGAAUUCUAUUCAAUAGUAGCGGCAUUCUUUUCUUGACUAUUUGCAUCUUUCUCUGAGUUGGCUGUAGCAUUGAAAACUCUUUAAGCGGAAUGAGAACAAAAUCCUCAGCAAAAG